GGUGGACACACUGUUACGAAAACAGAGUAAUUAUACUAAUAAGAUAAUAUAUAAUAAUAUAUAAUUCAGUCAGUUUGUGUUUAGUAUUAAGUCAGAUUAUCCAGCUGAGAAACAGAGGAUCGAAAAAGUCUGUGAAGAUCAUUAUGUCUGUAAGCCAGACUCUUGUGGACCAUUGGCCAAGUGUAUGCCAGAUGGAGGCUGCAAUUGUGAGGAUGGUUAUGAAAUCCCCCGAAGCCACCUUCCUACUCCGGAUUCAUUUGGUUGUGUUGAUAUUGAUGAGUGCCAGAGGACUACAGGGAUUUGUGGUUCUAACUCAAAUUGUGAGAACACCGAUGGGUCAUAUAUAUGCACCUGUUUGACUGGUUUCAGUGUAACAGAUCCAACACUGCCACCUGGAACGUCCAAUGGAUGCACGGAUACUGAUGAAUGUCUUGCCAAUAUCUGCGGGCAAUAUGGGUCCUGCAUCAAUAACAUUGGAAGUUAUGUGUGCGACUGCAAUGAAGGCUUUCACAUUCAAUCUGAUGCAACCCCUGUUUGCCAAGAUAAUGAUGAGUGUCUAACCUCAUCUAUCUGUGGCCCUGAUUCUAUCUGCACAAACACACCUGGAGCUUAUACCUGUGGGUGUAGACCAGGUUACGCACCAACUGAUCAAUCCAAAGAACCCAGCAAGACCAACAUAUGUACUGAUAUUGAUGAGUGUGCUGACCAUGAGUUGAACAUCUGUGGAGCAAACUGUAACUGCACAAAUUCAAUCGGAUCUUACAACUGUACCUGCCUUCCUGGUUAUCGAGUGGACAAUCCACAUGUUAUAGCCAGCAUUGCUAACCCAUGCAAUGAUAUAGAUGAGUGCAGUGAAACCCCUGGACUGUGUGGUCACCAAACUGUGUGUACUAAUGCACCAGGCACCUUCUAUUGUUCCUGCCCUGAUGGAUUCUACCCAUCAACUGGUGUAAUUUGGAUGGCGGGCAUAACUUUUUGUAAAAGCCUUGAAGACAUUCUAGAUGAAAUCAAACCCCAUAAGGAUCAGACAAAAGAGAGAGCUUUCCUUGAUAACAUGGGUGAAGACCUGAAGAACAAUACAGGUGUCCUUUUACCGGAUGUGACAGUUGCAAACUGCUUUUCUUCAUCUAUGAUGGUUUCAGGUGUUGGAACACUUACCAGCACAAGCAAGGUGAGCAGUGAAGGAGACGGGGAGACUGGUAGUAUUAUUCUUGGCCUCUCAGAGCAGCUCGUUGUUGCAAUGACUCCGUCGACUGAGACGCAAAUAAAAAAGGAAGUACACACUUCAACAGUGGAUAUGAGUCUAGUGGCCAUUGGUUCAUUGAGCCAUGACAGCAAGAGUUCAUCCCUCUCUGCCAAGGAAUGUGAAAUGAAAAUCAACUUGGAGGAUCUAGCUAGGGCCAACAAUGGUUCUAUAUCAGCCGCCUUUCUGACGCUAAAUGGGAUGGAGAGCAUUCUCAGUCAUCAAUACUUCAAAACCAAGAAUGUGACAGAGAUGUACUCAGAUGUUUUAACUGCCAUAAUACCAGGAAUAAACACCACCAACCUCACAGAGCCUGUCAACUUUACAAUUCAACACAAGAAGGAAGUACCAGAAAAUGGAAUGGUCACUUGUGUGUACUGGGAAGCUGGAGAAGCCGAAGGUGGACAGAAUGGAGAGACAAUGCGUUGGUCAAAAGAGGGUUGCUGGGUUGCAUACUCUCAAAAAAACUACACUGUUUGUAGCUGCUCUCACCUUUCUACCUUUGCUCUCAUAAUGCAGAUUGGGGAGCCUGUGCCACAGAAUGACUUCUUAGAGUGGCUGAACCGGAUAUGUGUGAUUAUUGGACUUUUCUUUUUGGCUUUGGCCAUCCUUACCUUCCUUCUGUGCAGCUGGAAUCCCAAAAUUAACAAUACUGCCCGUCUCCACCUCUGCCUCAACCUGGCUUUUUCGCAACUCCUCCUGCUCUGGAAUGACAAAUACACUGAUAAUAAGCUGGCCUGCACUGUCAUGGCAGGGCUUCUCCACUUCUUUAUUGUUGCCAGUUUUGUGUGGAUGUUGCUGGAGGCACUACAGCUCCACCUGUUGGUUAGAAGGCUCUCCCAGGUGAAAGUCAUUCAAAGAGAUGGUCUCCCCAGGCCUCUUCUCUAUCUGAUUGGCUAUGGUGUUCCAUUUGUGAUUGUUGGUGUUUCUGCACUGAUCUAUUCUGAUGGAUAUGGACGUACUAAGGCUAAUGUAUGCUGGCUGUCAGAAGAACGAAACUUCAAAUGGGCUUUAACAGGGCCAGUGAUAGCGAUCCUUGCUCUUAAUUGCAUCCUGUUUGGUGCAACUUUAUGGAGUCUGCGGCCCACCUUGGCUAACAUAAAAAGUGAUAUCUCUCAGUCCAAAGAUACAAAGUUGAUUUUGUUCAAGAUAUUGGCCCAGUUUGUUAUACUUGGCUGUACCUGGAUUCUUGGCCUGUACCAGACAAACCUGUUCUUUCAGGUUGUUUUUAUAGUUCUGAACUCCCAGCAGGGUACUUUUCUCUACAUUGUCCACUGUGUCCUCAACAAAGAGAUUAGAGAUGAGUAUGUCAAAUGGCUGACCUGUUCGUUCAACAAGACCAGAGAAGGCGGCUCAGUGAAAAAUGUACCAUCAGUUUCCGAGGACUUGGACAUCCCUCAGACGUCAACAUCAGCUGAUGUUGAUAAAUAAGUGACGGGAAACAUGGAAGAAAUAGAAGAUUUAUCUACUUUUCUGCUAAUAACUUUUUACUUUCUUUUCAAAUAUUUCAAUUUGUACUGUGAAUUUACCUUGUAAGUUCUUUUGUCAUGAAAAAUUAGUGCAUUUUAUGUAAUACUUGUGCUUUUCGAUAUUUAGAAAGUAUUUUAAACUACUACUUGCUGAUUAAAUGUCCCAAGUUUUUCUCCCAAAUGUUCACCUUUAUUUUGAAAAGGUUAUGGCCAGAUAUAGGUGCACCCAAAUCAUACAUCAGAUUUUGGGUUGCACAACCAGUUAUUAGGGCUAGAGGACAAUAACUUUUUCACACAGGACCAGGAGGGUUUGGACAGCCUUUUUUCUUUAAUAAAUCUAGUUGUUAAGCAAACAUUUGCUUACUUAAGUUUUAGUUUUGCUUACUUAAAGUUGCUUAAUGACGAUUGAUCAACGAUUGACCAAUGAUUGAUUCAGUGGGUGGAGUCAACUAUUGUACAACUGGCUUGUAAUACAGUUUUACAGGAUUGCAAUAUACUCCUUUUAAUGCUAUUAAAGUGCUUGGUUGUGGAAUUUACAUACUGCUUAAUUUGACUCAAUAAAGUUACCUGAC